AGCUCAUUGUCUCCCGCCGAGACGAUCUUCGGCGGCUGGCGGCGAAAGCCUGGUUGGGAGCAGCUUGGCUAGUAUUCAUUGACAACGCCGGCGAGGAGGGAGGGGCACAAACGUUAGCUUCUGUGGCCGUCACGUUGCCAAGAAAGCACCCUUGAGACGCAUUUCAGAAAUGGCAGAGGCACAUCAGGCUGUGGCGUUCCAGUUCACCAUAACACCAGAGGGCAUCGACCUGCAGCUUUCCUAUCAGGCCCUCAACCAGAUCUACCUGUCAGGAGUACGAUCGUGGAAAAAGCGUGUCAGCCGCAUGAGGAACCGGGUGAUCAAGGGAGUUUACCCAGCCAGCCCUUCAUCCUGGCUUUUUGUCGUCAUCGCCAUCCUGGCCACAAUGUACAUGCGCUCUGAUCCCAGCAUGGGGCUCAUUGCCAAGAUACAGCAACACCUUCCCCUCAGCCUGCAUGUGUCUCUCAGCGCCCAAGGUCAGACGAUGCUGUCUGCACUGGUCUUCAGCACACUGCUGUGGCUCUCCCUCAUCCUCGCUCUCAGGUUCUGUCUCAAGCUGCUUCUCUCCUACCACCAAUGGAUGUUUGAGCAGCACGGUCGCGUUUCCAACACGACUAAAAUCUGGGUGACUCUCCUGAGGCUCUUAUCAAGCAGGAAGCCUCUACUAUACAGCUAUCAAACGUCCCUACCUCAUCUGCCAGUUCCUGCCAUAAAGGACACACUGAGCAGGUACUUGGAGUCGGUGCGCCCUCUGUUGGCUGAUGCAGAUUUUAAACGGAUGACAAAAUUGGCCUCUGAGUUUGAGUGUAACCUGGGGAAUCGCCUGCAGCGCUACCUGAAACUUAAAGCUCUCUGGGCUACUAACUAUGUGAGUGACUGGUGGGAGGAAUACAUUUACCUGCGAAGCCGAGGCCCCAUAAUGGUCAACAGUAACUACUACGGCAUGGACUUCCUGUAUGUGACUCCGACCUCUUGUCAAGCUGCCAGGGCAGGCAACACAAUCACUGCAAUACUCUUGUAUCGCAGGAAAGUCAACAGGGAGGAACUCAAACCGAGCCGUGUUCCUGGUACUGUCAUCCCUUUGUGUGCUGCCCAAUAUGAGAGGAUGUUCAACACAACACGCACUCCAGGAACUGAGACGGAUGUUCUCCAGCACUGGCUGGACAGUGAAUGUGUAGCUGUGUACCACAAGGGACGCUAUUUCCGCUUGUGGGUGUAUCAAGCUGGCCGCCUGCUCUCUCCUCGGGAAAUUGAGUACCAGAUUCAGAAGAUUCUGGAUGACCCUUCACCCCCACAACCUGGAGAGGAAAAACUAGGAGCCCUCACUGCUGGAGACAGGAUUCCUUGGUCUCAGAUUAGGAAGCAAUACUUCAGCACCGGCGUCAACAAGCGGUCGCUGGAUGCCAUCGAGAAGGCAGCCUUCUUCGUAACCCUGGAUGAUGAAGAGCAAGGCAUGAGGGGGGACGACCCGGGAGGAAACUUGGAUCGCUAUGCCAAGUCGCUGCUCCAUGGCAAAUGUUAUGACAGAUGGUAUGAUAAAUCCUUUUCAGUUGUGAUCUACAAGAAUGGAAAGAAUGGACUAAACGCCGAGCACUCCUGGGCUGAUGCACCGACCGUGGCUCAUCUUUGGGAGUACACACUAGCCACAGAUGCUUUCCAUCUGGGAUACACCGAGGAUGGACACUGUAAGGGUGAUGUGGACCGCUCACUACCCCACCCACAGAGGCUCAUCUGGGACAUUUCGCCCGAGGUUCAGGCCCAAGUGUGCAGCUCUCUUGCUGUUGCCCAGGCACUGGCCAAUGAUGUGGACUGCCACGUCUUCCCCUUCAGAGACUUUGGAAAAGGUCACAUUAAGAAGCUUCGGGUCAGCCCUGAUGCAUUCAUCCAGAUCGCUCUACAGCUAGCUUACUACAGGGAUCGUGGAGGUUUCUGUCUGACUUACGAGGCAUCAAUGACCCGUCUCUUCAGGGAAGGACGAACGGAGACUGUGCGGUCCUGCUCCAACGAGAGCAGCGCUUUUGUCAAAGCUUUGGAGAGUGCAGAGCCAGCAGAACACUGUUGCCGGCUCUUUAGACUGGCUUCAGAGAGGCACCAGAAUCUUUAUCGCCUGGCAAUGACCGGAGCAGGAAUUGACCGACACCUCUUCUGCCUGUACGUCGUCUCGAAAUAUUUGGGAGUGGAGUCACCUUUCCUCAAAGAGGUGUUGUCAGAGCCUUGGCGUCUCUCCACCAGUCAGACCCCAGUUCAGCAGAUGGAGCUGUUCGACCUGAAGAACUACCCCGAAUUUGUAUCGCUUGGCGGCGGCUUCGGACCUGUUGCGGAUGAUGGUUACGGCGUUUCUUAUAUCAUCGUGGGUGAGGAUAUGAUCAACUUCCAUGUGUCGUCCAAGUACUCCUGCUCUGAGACUGACUCCCACAGGUUUGGAGCUCAGAUAAACACAGCUCUCCAAGAUACCAUGGCUCUCCUUUCUGCUGACACCAAAACUCCUCCAUCGUCCAAAGCCACAGCCGAGCCUCAGCCCAAGAAGAUGCGCUGAAGACUGUUGAGUGUGGGUGAAUAUCCUCAAAAGAUACAAAGUGAAACUAAGAUCGGCGUGUACGGCUCAAAACGUCCAUCUUUGUUCAUGCUCCUUCCAAUUUUAGCGCAAAAGGAGCAAAAGGAUAAUUUCACCACCACAACAAAUAACAUUGUAUGACCUCACGAAGUAGUGUCAGUCCAAACUGACUUCAGCUAAAGGUAAAACGUUUGUUUGCACUAGAAUGCAGGGACGACAAAGUGAAACUAAAAGUAGUCUAGAAUUAUUCAUUAUAAUGAUUCCUAAUUACAGUAAAUGAGGGAGAACAGCAGCCUUACAUUUGAGUGUUCUGUGCAAGCUGGAUGAUUUUAUCUCGGUGCCUUUUAAUAAGGGACUACACAUGUUUGCUUUCACUUUAAAGGACUGACAUAAUCAAUCACUUUAAACGGAGAACAAAUGGAAGAAUUGUUGAAGGACAGAAAAGCCAGCACCAGUACAAGAAAGUCUUAAAAUCCUUUGUCAGCAUUUAGUUUAGCACACGUGUGCCUGUAUUAGUCAGUAAUGCAAUGCAGUUUUAAUCAAUGCAAUUCUUCAAGAAAACAUUUUUUUUGUUGUUUUUGUUUUGUUUUUUUUUACUUGUAUUUGUUUGAAUGUAUGACACAUUGCUGCUUUUAGCCUGUGCAGGGAUGUAGAAGUGCAUGUGUCAACUCAUCACUCUACUUAUUUCCUCAUGGUACGGUAAACAGUCACCAUGGCUUUGAUCAAAAGUGUUUUUUAUAAGAUCCUAUUCCCAGCUUUUAUACUUUUCUUGGUCAAGAAUGAUGGAAAUAGUUUGUUGGUACAGUGGAACCAUUUUUGUUCCACUGUUUUGUUUUGUUUUUCCCCCAUAGGAAAUCAUGUAAAUCCACUUCCAGACACCAAAAAAUAAGUUUUGUCAAGAAUACUUAGUUUUACAUGCAGAAAACUGUGCAAAAAUAAUUAAAAAUGACAAAUGAAAUUGAUGAAUGGACAUCAUUUUAACUUUAUCGAAGACUGCUGGCGAGGAACACACUUUGCUUUUUCGAAUUAAAUCGUGUCUCUUACCUGCUUUAUCAAAGUGGUGGCACUCGCAACUGUCUUUGGCCCCAUGGUGGCUUAUUUUGCAGUUGCACUCAAUUUAAAAGAAACAAACAACUGAGUUGUCAGCAAACCGACUACAUUGUUUCGCGCAAUGCCUGCUUUAUAUACGAAUACGGGGGCGAAAACUGAAUCACGCAAAAAGUAGGUUGUACGAAAACAGUGGUAGUGCUGUAUUUGUGAAAGAAAAAGUUGACAUAAAGUUUUUCUUUUUUUAACUUUUUUUUUUGUUGUACUUUUUAAAACCAGCGGAUCCCAGCACAGCUUUGUCGCAUUUGUGUUGCUAUGGUAACUGUGAUGUUUGUAUCAUCAUACACAUGCUUUAUAACCAUUUUCGGCCCCAGCUCGUCUUUUAUUGGCCCUGAUGAGCAUAUUGUAAAAAAAAUUGCAGUCAUUUUAUACUGUAUACUAUUAGAUAUUACACUUAUUUACUUUGUCACCUAUAACGCUUCAAGAUUUCGAUGUUUUGUUCAGAUAGCUUGGCGCAUAUUGACCUACACUGAAUUGGUUUUAGCAUCUUUGAUGCACCAAAUGUAUCCCGCGUCCCUUGGAUGUGGCUCUAAAUUUUGGACCCCGUAAGAACGUGGGCUACAAGCUCAAAUAAACCAAUCUUAAGAAAAGCCAAGACAAUUCAAACAACGAGCACUUAAAUGGGGGAAAUGUUGAACGCAACAACCAGUCCGAGACCAGCGCCUGUCAUGAGUAACUGCGUAAAACAAAACACGAAUGCGACGGUACAAGUAUCACUCCUCUACCUGCAGGACUCGCUGAACAAGCAGCUUAUCCACAUCUGAAUAAUAUCCACAUCGACAGUAAGCAUCAAAGUCAGUUUUACAUUAGCAAACAUUGAUUUUUACUUUAACGCCUUAACCUUCCUCCAUUUAACAGUUAAAACUCGAGUAUUUCUUUUCUUAGGGGGGUUAAAAGUUUAUUUUUUGGGGAGAUGAAUAAUAAUGGUUAAUGUUGUGUUUUUCUUUGGUUACUUUUGAAUGGAUCUGUGUGUGUUUUAGCUUGAAAUAAUUGGUAAAUAAUGCACCACGUUCUGUGAUGUUACACUCCCAAGAAACAUUGUUUGCUCACCUGAUUUCAUGCUGUUUAGAUGUAAACCAAUUUUUAACAUAUGGUGAUGGCAUUUUGGAUGGAAUAAAAUAGUCCCUGACCUUGCUGUGAA